AUGGCUAGUCGCAUGUGGUUGAAAGAGAAGUUUUCGUCGUUUCGCUACACAGCGAGCUCGAUGGAGAAGCAUUUCGAGGAGCUGGAGGCUCUUGUUUUGCAGAUGGGCGGCGCGGGGUGCCGUCCGGAUGAAGAAGACGUGUGUGCGACGCUGCUACGCAGCCUCCCAGCGUCGUUCGAAGGUUUGGUGCAGGCGUUUCGUAUGAGCGUCGGCAAGUUCACGUACGGAGACGUGAUGAGUCGAGUGUUGGCGGAGGACAUUAGACAGAAGGAGCAAGGCCGCAUAGAAGAGGAGACGGCAAAGUUAGCUGGAAGAGGAAGACAAGAAUGGAAGAAGAAGCCAUUCGACAAGCGUGGGAUCCAGUGCUAUCAGUGCGGAAAACGCGGUCACUUUAAGCGAGAGUGCACAAACGGAGACACCGAGACACACGAAUCAAACGUGUCGUUCCAUGUCACGACUACCCAUGGGGGCGUAUGCCGUGAGUGGGUGGUCGACAGUGGAGCGUCAAACCACAUGUGUGCAUCGAGGGAGGCAUUUGUGGAUCAUCGUGUUGAUCACAGCAACCGCACAGUGUCAGUAGCCAAGUCUGGCGUGACGUUACGAGUGCUUGGUGUCGGAACGGUCGUGCUUGACUUAAAUAUUCAUCCUACGAUCCAGUCGGUUGGACAACCGACUGGAUUGGUGUGCGCUCGACUCGAAAACACACUGCACGUGGAGAAUUUAAGUCGCAAUUUGUUUUCAAUACCGGCGAUCUUGGCUAAGGCGAUGCAUGUCAGCAUGGACAUCAACGGGUGUAAGAUCUACCGGAACGGCAAGGUCGUUGGAAGCGGCACGAAGAGAGGUAAUCUUAUCUACCUAAACGUUGCCAAUGACGCUGAGUGUCAUGUAGCCUCUGAAGUAGGCGACCUAUGGCACCGUCGUUUCGGACAUGCGUCGCACGAAUCGGUUGCAAAGGUCCUUGCGAAAAACAAGAUCUGUACUGGAAGUAUUAGCAAUAAGUUAUGCAAUGUGUGCGAACUUUCAAAGCAAGCACGAAAACCGUACCCAACGCACGAUACUGGUGCGAAUGUACAAUCGGAUAUCGUGUGCUCAUAUGUACUUGAACCAAUCAUCCCUGCGUCUCGAUCCGGAUGUGCGUACGCAGUGACGUUCAUUAUGAUGAAGACACGCUUCGUGAAGGUGUAUCCGGUAGUGCGAAAGUCAGACGUGCUAUCUGAGUUCAUCGAAUUCCGACAGUACAUGAAGACACAAGCGGGAGUGAGUGUGCGCACUAUUCGCAGUGAUAAUGGAGGGGAGUACACCUCAACCGACAUGAAGACGUACUGCGCGCUGAAGAAUGUCAAACAGGAAUUUACGAUCCCGCACAAUCCUCAGCAAAUUGGUAUGGCCGAGCGUGCUAAUCGGACGCUGGUCGAGAUGGCUCGAUGCAUGCUAAAAGACAGUGAUAUGGAGAAGACAUUCUGGGCGGAGGCUCUGGUGACUGCCGCGUACAUUCGCAACACAAUCAGCACGGCGACGCGUACUCACACUACGCCAUAUGAAGAAACGUUUUAUCGUCUUUUUGAUUACGGCAGUCUUCGCGUGUUUGGCACCGAGUGCUUUGCUCACGUACCAAAGACAAAGAGAUCAAAGCUUAACGACAGCGGUGUCCGAUGCCGUAUGCUUGGGUACCUCGAAAAUCAGAAGGGGUAUCGGCUACUGAACGCAUCAACGGGCCAGAUAAUGCACUCGCGAAGCGUCACAUUCGAUGAAUCUGCGCGUGAAAAAGUGAAGCCAGAGAUUGACGAAGAUGUCGAGUCAGAUGGACACGAGACCGAACUGACAGAUACUAAGUUUCACGGUUCAGUAGAUGCGAAUUUGAACGACAACGGUGCGCGCGGGAUGGCAAGUGAACAUCAGCUCGUGCAUUGCAAUUACCCUCAAACGCAUCAGCUUCAAGUAGUUGAUCCACGGGGAUCAGAAUUCUUACCCGGCUCCACCAGUAUUCAGCCACACGGUAAUGCUGAAGUUCAAAUUCAGGGUCAUCAUCAACUAAAUGGAUGUACCGACAUAGUGCUAACGGAUCUGGAAGAGAGCAUGUCACCUCGAAUGACUGGUCGACAGAUGAUUACCAGCAAUCCGUCUGGUACUCCUGAUCGAGACGGCUUAAAUCAGCGACGGGUGCGACCUGCGCGGAAGAAGCGUGGUAUACUACGCUAUGAAGACGAGUUCAAUGGAAUGCGUCGUAUGGAUUCCAACGAGGCAGACUUGGAAGACGAGUUUGAUGGUCUGCAUUGA